ACCGCCCCCUCUGGGGAGACAGGAGUAAGCCUGGGCACCCGAUUCCGCUGGGAGGGAAGGUGGCAGGGACUCUGGCAGGCGUGGUUAAGCCGGGGCGCGAGCCGGCUGGUGGGUGUGUGUGCGUGCUGCACUCGCCAGGCCCUCCUGAUCGCACCCAGGGAUUCAGGCCUGGCAUCCAGCAAUCUUUGCUGACGGGUCAUUCCUUGGAGGGCAGGGGACUGGGGACUGGGAUGCAGUUCUGAGUGAGACGGUGAGGACAGUAGUGAGCUUGUGCUGUGACGGGGUGAGGUGGUGACCCGGGGCUGGAAGGGGUGAUAAGCUGGGUCACAGAGAUGUCUUCGCCCACCCGUCUCACCUGUCCUCACUCACCUGGCCCCCUCCCCCUGCUCUGGGCCAGGUAUGGGGCAAACGUGGCCCUGGCCUUUGGGAUUGCUCCCAGAGAGGCUCAUUUGGAGGCUGGAUCCAGGUGGGGGAGCCCACCCAUUGCCCUGAGUGCCCUCGGCCCCUAGGGCCAAGGCAGUCUACAGGUGGGGAGAGGCUGGCACAGACACUUGUCUGUUUGCAUGCCAGUCUGUGAUCAUGGGGGGGAAGCAGAGGCUGGGUGCUCUUCCAGAGGAGGUGACCUCUCGGCGCAGGCUCAGGGUCCGCAGGACAGGGUAGCCUCCCGGCACAGCUGUGUGCCAGCGCUGAGCAGGGCCCUGCCCUGUGGCUGUGGACACAGUGCCCUGUGGCUGUGGACACAGUACUGGGCCUCAAACGUUCGAUCCACGCCCUGGGCGUGGUCCUUCCCCGUCUUUCUCCUGAACGUCUCGGCCACUGUAAUCCCUGGCUUCUAUUUAUUUAUUUUAUUUAUUUUUGGCUGCGUUGGGUCUUCGUUGCUAUGCGGGCUUUCUCUAGUUGCAGCGAGCAGGGGCUACUCUUCGUUGCGGUGCGCGGGCUUCUCAUUGCGGUGGCUUCUCUUGUUGCGGAGCACGGGCUCUAGGCGCACGGGCUUCAGUAGUUGUGGCUCGUGGGCUCAGUAGUUGUGGCUCGUGGGCUCUAGAGCACAGGCUCUGUAGUUGUGGCACGUGGACUUAGCUGCUCCACGGCAUGUGGGAUCUUCCCAGACCAGGGCUCGAACCCAUGUCCCCCACAUUGGCAGGCGGAUUCUUAACCACUGCGCCACCAGGGAAGUCCCAUCCCUGACUUCUAGAUGGAGGGGGCGCCAGCUGGGGAACCCUGGGGCAGAGACGCCUCUUCCCAGCCCCAGCACCAAGAGGUGAAAUGCUGGCUGAGAACAGGCCAGAAGCUGGUUGGCGAACGGGGCCAGCAAAGUGAGGCUCAGCUGCCCAGACCUCGCCCUGACGCAGGCCCCUGGUCUCGCACCAAGCUCGGUCUCUGCCCACCAGCAGCAGGUCUCAGCUUCACUCAGGCCGCCUUCAGCAUCCUGGGGGCCCCUCAGCAUUCCCACAGUCUCCUGGGGGAUUUGCAUCUGGGGGAAAAGCCUGAUUCCCAGGAAGGUGCCUUCUGAGAGGACUCCAGGCCACCACCCCACAGCCAGCCGUUCCGACGGGUAGGGGCCUACAGUCAUCCCAGGCAGAGGACGGACCCCGAGAGCAGCUCCUGGAGGCGGCUGGCAGGGUCCUGGGGGAGGGGAGGGGCUGCUGGGAGGAAGAGCUAAUGACUGUGUGUCUGGGCUGAGAUGCAAGGGCUGCCACACUCGUGGUGUCCUCAGCCCCAGCUACCUGGCUCCUGUCCCCAGGCCGGCGGGCCGGGGAGACCCCUCAGCCCCCACAGAGAGGCUCACUGCUCUCCAGCUGCAGGGCCCCCGGUCUUGUCGCCCACUGCUGCACACUCUGGGGAGGGGCUCCAAGAACGUCGCGGAAGGCGGGAUGUGCGCGGGGGCUGGGCCCAGCCCCCCAGGCCCCGAAGUGGGUCCAGGGGAGGGGUGGGGUGGGAAGCACUGCUGUCCAGGGAAGGCCCCCUGUAGCCCUUCCCGUGGGAGAGGCUCUCCUGGCUAGAGGGUCCCAGACAGCAGGCCCGGCUGCAGGAGGAGCCCGGCAGCUGCACGGGGCUGUGCGUCCUGCUCCCACAUCAGUGUGUCCCCAGCCUGCCAUCCAGCCAGGGCUCGUCUCGGGAGACCCAGGUCCACAGGUCCUUGACACUUCCCCGCGUGUCUGCUGAUUUCCCCCCCAACGUCCCUCAGGCCUGUGCCCCCCAUCACCCCACCCCUUCCUGCCUCCAGCCUCAGCCCAGACCCCCGACUGACUCUGGCUCCUUCCCUGUAGCCCCCCAGGGUGGGCACAGGCCUCUGUGCCAGGGCAGGCCUGUCUCAGCCGCUGAUCUGCAAUAUCAGAUCACCCCAGGCUCCAGCAGCACCCGCCCGCCAGCUUUGCCUACCUGGUCCCCUCUUUGGGGGGCACCCCCACCUGUGUCCAGUCCCCGAUGACUCCAGAGGCUGGGCCCUGGGGGCUGGGGCAGGUGUGGAUCCCGGACUGGGUCCCCAGUACCGGGAGCCAGGUGUUCCUUCUCCCUCUCACCUGCGCGGAGUGGGCCUCUGGGGCCUGGCCCGUGGUGGGCAGGGCUUGCUCGGGGCUGGGCUGGUGUGGGGACCCCUGGGCCUGCCCUUUGCAGCGAGUACUUCAGUGGCAUCAGCCGAACCCAGGCCCAGCAGCUGCUCCUGCCCCCACCCAGCGCGCUGGGGGCCUUCCCCGUGCGGCCCAGCGAGAGCAGCCAUGGGGACUACUCCCUGUCAGCUACCAGGUGCCCUUGACCUUGGGGUGGUUGCUUCCCAGGCAGUGCCAGCCCCCAACCCGCCUCGGACCCGACAGUAUGCAUCACCUGGUUGGGGUGGCGGGAGGGCCAGGGCAGGCUGCAGCCGAGAUGUGGCCUCCGUCUCUGUGCCCUCCCAGUCUGGGCCCGGACCAAAGUCCACCACUACAGCAUCCCCACAGCAGCCACCGGCAGCCUCUCCCUGCAGAAGGACCAGCUCGUCCCCAGCCUGGAGGAGCUGCUGGCCUAUUGCAAAGCCCACUGGAAGCUGCGACAGCCCUGUGAGCCCCAGGUGGGCCCAUGCCCACCCCCCUACCUGCCAGGUUGCCCCUCCUGAGACACUGUCCAGCACGCGUCCAGCUGGCCCACUGGGUGCUGCCAGGGGGGGACCUGAUGAAGCCUGGGAGCAGGUGCCCCAUUGACUCCUCCACACUCUGAUUCAUCCCUGUGGGUUAUAUUUCUUUUUAAAAAUUAAUUAAUUAAUUAAUUUUUGGCUGCGUUGGGUCUUCAUUGCUGUGCGUGGGCUUUCUCUAGUUGUGGCGAGCGGGGGCUACUCUUCGUUGCAGUGCGCGGGCUUCUCAUUGCGGUGGCUUCUCUUGCUGCGGAGCAUGAGCUCUAGGCGCGCGGGCUUCAGUAGUUGUGGUGCACAGGCUCAGUAGUUGUGGCUCGCGGGCUUAGUUGCUUCACGGCAUGUGGGAUCUUCCCAGACCAGGGCUUGAACCCGUGUCCCCUGCAUUGGCAGGUGGAUUCUUUUUUUUUUUUUUUUUUUGUGAUAAGCGGGCCUCUCACUGCUGUGGCCUCUCCUGCCGCGGAGCACAAGCUCCGGACGCGCAGGCCCAGCGGCCGUGGCUCAUGGGCCCAGCCACUCUGCGGCAUGUGGGAUCCUCCCGGACCGGGGCACGAACUUGUGUCCCCUGCAUCGGCAGGCGGACUCCCAACCACUGCGCCACCAGGGAAGCCCUGGCAGGUGGAUUCUUAACCACUGCGCUGCCAGGGAAGCCCAGGUGUUAUAUUUCUAUGGGAUUCUCUGGGGUGGGGGGAAGAUGAGGCCUGUAGGAUGCCCUCCCACCCCGCCCAGCCCUGUAGAGCGGCCAGGAGGGGAGGGCAGGUUGGGGAAGGCGCCCACGGCAGCCCCAGGCCAGUGCGGAGGUUGUGGGAGGAGAUGCCAGUGGGGAUGGCGCCACACCUGCGCUGGAGCCGUGGUACCUGCGCCUGUCCCAGGUGAGCGGUCCUGCCGGGGGGCCGGGCAGCCAUCUGGUUCCUCUGGUCUCUUAGUGACAGUCCGGACAGGGGCAGUAACGAGCGCUUGUGGAUGGAUGCCUGCCACCAGCAAAGGUGCCAUUAGGUCUGGAAGCAAUUAGGGCCAGGCCUCCGGAGGUCAGCACCUGGGCCCCCUGCCCCGGCCAGGGCCAGAGUUGAGCGUGUGCUGGGGCGCAGGGGCAGAGGGCCAGAGGCCUGGGGCCCCAGGAGCAGCUGCCCACUCUGCCUAGGGAGCCACGGGCAAAGGUCCUGAAUGCCCCCCACACCCGCAGAAGCUCCCUGCACAGGACGAGUGGCAGCGACCCCACUCUGCGUUCACCCUGCGGAGGAAGCUGGGCGAAGGCUACUUCGGGGAGGUGUGGGAAGGCCUGUGGCUGGACUCCAUGCUCGUGGCGGUCAAGGUCAUCAGACCAGGUGGGUGGGGGCCCCCUGGAGCCUGGGGCAGUGGCGGUGGGCAGCAGGAGCACAAGUAUGUGGGCCUCUGGGACUUCGAGGCCCGCACAGCCCAGGAGCUGAGCUUCCGGGCAGGGGACCUCUUCCAUGUGGCCAGAAAGGAGGAGGAGUGGUGGUGGACCGUGCUGCUGGACCGGGUGGGCAGGGCUCUGGCCAAGGAGACGGUGGGGUUGGAGCCGUGGUUCUUUGGCCGGAUCUCUCUCUCGGAAGCCCUGCACCGACUGCAGGCCACGGGCAACGAGCUGGGGGCCUUCCUGAUCCGGGUCAGCGAGAAGCCGGGCGCCAACUGCGUCCUCUCGGUGCGGGACCAGCAGACCGUUCGCCACUACAAGAUCUGGUGGCAGGACGGCCAGUUGCACCUCAACGAGGCUGUGUCCUUCCUCAGCCUACCCAAGCUCGUGGACCACCACGAGGCCCAGAGCCUGUCCCACGGCCUGUGGCUGACCUCGCCCCGCCGAAAGCAUGAGCUGGAGCCCCUGCCCCACUGUGACGAUUGGGAGAGGCCUCGGGAAGAGUUCACGCUCUGCAGGAAGCUGGGCUCUGGCUACUUUGGGGAGGUCUUCAAAGGGCUCUGGAAGGACAAGGUCCGAGUGGCCAUCAAGGUGAUCGUCCGAGCUGAGCUUCUGCGUCGGCACACGUUCUAGUCGGAGAUCCGGGCCAUGAAGAAGCCGCGGCACAAGCCCAUCCUGGCACUGGGGGACCCUGGGUACAUCAUCACAGAGCUCCUGCCCAAGGGGAGCCUGCUGGAGCUGCUGCGGGACUCCGAUGAGAAAACCCUGCCCAUCUCGGAGCUGGUGGGCAUUGCAGCACAGGUGGCCGGGGGCAUGUGCUACCUGGAAUUGCAUAAUUACAUCCACGGGGAUCUGGCCGCCAGGAACAUCCUCGUGGGGGAAAACAACAUCUGCAAAAUCGGGGACUUGGGGCUGGGCAGGCUCAUCAAGAACGUCUACCUCUUCCAUGACCACAGCAUCCCUUACAAGUGGACUGCCCCCGAGGCACUCUCCCGAGGGCAUUACUCCAUCAAAUCUGACACCUGGUCCUUCGGGGUUCUCCUCCAUGAGAUUUCCAGCAGGGGUCAGAUGCCCUGUCCAGGUACUGGGCAUGUCCAUACCUUCCUGAGGGUAGAGGCGGCCUACCGCAUGCCCUGCCCCCUGGAGUGCCCACCCACCACACACAAGCUGAUGCUCUCGUGCUGGCACAGGGACCCCAAGCAGAGGCCCCGCUUCAAAGGGCUGCGGGAAAAGCUCUCCAGCCUCAGAAGGUACGAGAACCUGCUGCGUCGGCCGCCUCCUUGACACUGCCUGAAGGCCAGGCCAGCCCUCGUGAGGGGCCUGAGCAACCUCGAAUCAUGGGAGUGGGCUGACCCAGAUUUACUGAGGAUUUGCUAAAGGUACCAACAGCUCCCAGAAUCAACCAGACACUCCCGAAAAGGGCCUUGGGCAGCCCUGGGCCCACCUGUUGCCCAGUGCAGCCAGGAGCUGGGACUGCCCCUUCGCCUGACACCAGCUCCUGGCAAGUGCUGGGACCUCCACAGCCAACACCUGCCCUGGGGCUCCAGGAGCCAGGUCGCCCCUCCUUCCACUCCUCCGAAGGGAGUGGACCUGUCCCUGGUCCUGACCCAAAGCCCACCAGCUGUCAGGACCAGGGCUGAGCUUCCGGGCCGUGUGCGGUGGGGACCGAGGCUUUGGCUGCACUCCCUGUGCCCUCUGGCCUUGCCUGAGACCUGGAUAUAAGGGGGUGUGGACCCCCCCAGUCCUCUGUGGAGACAGGGGCACUGACGCCUGCUCCCCGGGGCCAGCCGCUGCUCCUAUCCAGCUGCCCCCGGGGGGGCUGGGGGCCACGUCUGGACACUGUGACCGAAAGGACUGGGUGGGGGUCAGGCUAACUGUGCCUGGACACAUUUGAGGGGAGGGAGAAGGUGCAGCCUUUCGGGGCCACGAGCCACCCAGAUGCCUUGGGAUGGACUCCCGACUCCCGUGACUUAGAGCGGAGCUGGGGCGGGGUGGCCAGCUGAGCCCAGCCUGCUAACCAGUGGAGACCACCCCUCUAGACCCCCGCCCUCACACCAAGCCUCCGUCCGCUCCCUCACUGAACUGCCCUCUCCUGACCCCAGGCCCCGGUCAGUCUCUGCCGGCCACUGAGGCAUGUGGACGCCACCAUCCUACCCCCCCCACGCCUGCCCCCAGGAGGCCAGCAGAGGAUGAGACCACUCCCCAGCCACACACAGAGCUCCCAAAUAGGACUCUGCCCAAAGCUGGGCUGCCCCGGGUGGGGCCCCGUAGAGCCUCCCACACCCCCUUCCCCUCACCCUUAAAGUUUUGGCUGCCGGGGGCCCUGCUCAGAGUGUGCCUUACAAGAGGCUACAGGAGACGCCGCCCUUACUGGAAGGCACGUGGGAGAGAGCAGGGCGCGUGAGCUGCUCUACACCAGGUUGAGGACGGCCUCCUCGAGGGCUCCGGACCCAAGCCAGAGACCCUGUCUCCUGCCGCAGCAGCAGGGGCCGAGGCGGGCUUACUCCGAGGACCCCGACCUCAGUGGCUGCCCUGGGACUGCCUGCUCUCCCCGGCUCCCCAGGAUAGCAAGGCACCCCACCUCUUCUCAGAUACAAGGCUCCACACUCACCGGAGCUGUCUGCCCACGUGAACCGGAGCCAGAUCUCGGAGGUGGCCCGCUAGGGAGGGACCCCAGGAGGGCCCAGGAAGUGAGAAGUUUGAGGGGUUGGUGACUCCUCCCGCGGGGGUGGGGGUGGCAUGGAGCUCACACACACACACCAUGUGGCUGCUGGCUGCUUGUUUAUUUUCUACUCGGUGCAAGGCACAGGUUAGAGGGUGCCGGGAAGGCUCUCAUGUGGCUUGGACAGUAAAGAGUGGAGUUCUCUCAACUUCCUUUUUGGUGUUUUGCUGUUUUGAUAUUAAAAACCCAACUGCU